UGAAAUGUUUCUCUACAUUAGAAUAAAGUGAGAGCAAUGUUUAUAUGAGCUGCCUGCAUAAAAAUCCUCUGAGGUCCCAAUGAGGAGGAGACAUCAACCACAGGAAGUAGAAACCACUUUUUAUUAUAGGAAGUUCUGGUUCAGACACUUUGAGAGUCGACAGCGAGAGAACAAGUCACAGAAAACAAGAGGAGAGAAAAAUGUUUGGAUUGAAAUCUUUUAAAUUAUCUCUGCUUCUGACAUGGAUGCUUCCAUUUACAGCAGAAACUGGACAAUUUUCUAAAAUGACUGCGACGGUUGGAGAUGACGUCACUUUGACUUGUGAAGGUUUCAGAGAAUUUAAUGAUCAAUGUUUCAGUACUACAUGGAAAUACAGUGACUCAGUAAAAACAGAGCCACUGUAUGAACAAGGGAAGAUUCACAGAGAAGCUGGAUCUAAAUCAGACAGACUGAAUGUUACAGAAAAAUGUUUCCUGGUUAUAAAGAAGGUCACAGUGGAGGAUGAUGGUUUUUACACCUGUAGACAGGAUGAAUCAUCAGGACGUGUAGUUACAGAGUCUGCAGUUCUACUUUCUGUUACUAACAAAACAACAACAACAACAUCCCCACAAGCAUCAGUCGCACCAACAACUGAUGGAAAAACUGGAUCAAACUCGGAUUUUCUUCUGGCAUCACUGAUCAGUGCAGCUGUUGCUUCAGCAGCUCUCUUAAUAACUACAGUGAUGAUCAUCAGAUGGAGGAAAACUAAAGGAAAUAAAACUCAGAUGGAUGAUGGAGCUGAGUUGAGCUUCAACUCUGCAGGGACUCGGUCUGGUCCAGAAACCAGUCAGGACACGGCUGAUCAUGCAGAUAUGAUCCAGUACGCCUCCAUCAGCAACACCAGCAUGAGCAACACUGGGGCCCGGGUUGACAGUAAAGACCAUGAUGAACACAGAGUGACCUACAGCACUGUUAAAGCUCCUGCUGCAGCCUCCACUAAUCCCACCGACCUCUACGCUACUAUCCAAGAAUACAGAUGAAAGACCAAAGUAUAGCUACAUUGAAGUUAUUAUGUUUGUCCAAAGAUUAUCAGUUUAACCUUUUUUAAUAGAUAGUUUCAUAUUUUAUUUUACAUUUACAGUGUGUGAAGUUCAAGAAAAUCUACUUGUAGAAUAAUUAUAUUAUUGAAUUUCUUUUGCUGAUUAUUGUUUUAUGUAGAAUUGGGUCAAAAGUAUAUUAAAAAAAAAAAAAAAAAAAAAGUCUGUCCGUUCCAGUC